CUGCCGAUGCCAUUAAGCAUCUGACAUCCAAAAUCGUUGUAUUUACACAACUUUUAUUCAAUGCACGCAAAACAUGUCUGCAUAAAACACUUUUUUACUGUCUUUUAAUUAAACAUUUACAGUGCAGCGAACAGAUUAUUCCUUUGAGACACAAUUCUGAAGAAAAAAAAUUCAAUGACUCACCGGAGAAAUUCCUGAGAAUCAAUAUAUUAGUGACGAAGCAAUAAGAUUCAAACCAGUUCCGAAAAUAUCACGUGCAGUGCCGUAUAACAUCUUGAAUAAUUCAAGAUUCCACAUGCAUUCCUCUCCAUUUGAAAAAAAUAAAGUUAAUCGCGAUCAUUUUAUCUCCUCGUACGAUUUUCCGCUCGAGAGCCUCGUUACGCAUAAAACGCGUGCCGAUGGUUUUGCAGAGACGCAAACACGCGCGCGCGCGCGCAUCGAUAUCUGAUUUUUUCAGCAAACACUAUCGGAACCUGCUGCUGAAUCCCCGAGUCCCGUAUAAAACUCAUAUGUUGCUAGAGGAGACGAUCAUUCGAUCGUUGAAAGCGAAGCGUCGCCAGUGUGCUCCAAGAUGAAAGGGUUUUGCUCGACGUUCGCUGCACUGCUCGUAAUCUUUGUUUCCUCCACGAGAUCGAGUGAGACAGCUGCGGAAACAACGAAAUUCGCUCUGAUCCACUGCAACGGGACGUCACUUUUCGAGAACGACGAGGAGCAAGCAGGCUUUCCCGGUGUCAAAUACACAUGGAGCUUGAAUGGGAAACCGGUUCAACAGAUCGAGGCGCUUAAAGAUCGAGCGACAGUUUCGGGCUUCGGUGAUCUGUUAAUAAGCCGGUUCACGGAUAGAGAUCAUGGAGUGUACACCUGCGAAGUAGACGUUAAUACCUCGGGUAUUCGAGUCAUCGAUGUCGUGAAGAAAAAUGUCGACGAGAAAUAUGUGAUACCGAACUCGCCCUGUUCUCUGCGUUCUUGCAUAGCUGCGAGAAAAUGUCAGGCCGCUGGUUUACCGAAUACCUGCUCGAACGACGGGGAAAUUUGCUGCAGUGAUAGUAAGAAACGAAAAUUAUAAUUAAUGUCGUUUACGAAAUUUUCAGUGCUGAUUUUAACAACAGUUGUUCGAUCGACGAUCGCUUGUGCAACUAUUGAAAAAAUUACAUUUAAAGAAUCUCUCAUGAUGUU